UUAAUUCGCGUGUCAGUACCCUCUUUCUCUUCGAUCUGUGAAUUUACAAAGAGAGAGAGGGAGAAAAAUCAUCUCCCUGGCCUCGUUUAUUUUUGAUCCUCCGCCUCGUUUUCCUUCUUUCUUACAUACAAACAUACACACAGAGAUACUAGUCGAGGCUAGAUCUGCCAGAGAACUGAAAAUCUUUGCCUCUUCUCUCUCUCUCUCUCUCUCUCUCUCUCUCUCUUCUCAGGGUUCCCGAUCUACGUACCUCUUAACCGGCACUCUUGCCUCUGCUUAUCCUACGCGCCGUUCCUCACUCACUCUCCCUCUUUCUUCGUUCUCUGCCGUUGAUUGUGGCCACUGCAGAGGCGUCCAGAGGGUCCGCUUGAUCCGACUUUCUCCUUCUCAGAUCUGAGUUCAUAGUCGUUAGGGUUUAAAAUUUAAUUGCAAACGAUGCUGACGAAAUUCGAAACUAAGAGUAAUCGAGUGAAAGGCCUCAGUUUUCACAGUAAAAGACCAUGGAUUCUUGCGAGUCUUCACAGCGGUGUGAUCCAGCUUUGGGAUUACAGGAUGGGUACUCUUAUAGAUAGAUUCGACGAGCACGAUGGACCUGUUCGUGGCGUCCAUUUCCACAAAUCUCAGCCGCUCUUUGUCUCCGGAGGAGACGAUUACAAGAUUAAAGUUUGGAAUUACAAGAUGCAUCGAUGUCUGUUCACUCUUCUUGGCCAUCUGGAUUACAUACGCACUGUUCAAUUUCACAAUGAGUACCCAUGGAUUGUUAGUGCAAGUGACGAUCAGACCAUCAGAAUAUGGAAUUGGCAAUCUCGCACUUGUAUUUCUGUAUUAACUGGACACAACCAUUAUGUCAUGUGUGCCACAUUCCAUCCUAAAGAGGAUUUGGUUGUAUCGGCAUCAUUAGAUCAGACUGUUCGUGUUUGGGAUAUUGGUGCUCUGCGAAAGAAGACGGUGUCCCCUGCAGAUGACAUUCUGCGGCUUAGUCAGAUGAACACAGACUUGUUUGGUGGUGUUGAUGCCGUUGUUAAAUAUGUCCUAGAAGGGCAUGAUCGGGGAGUCAACUGGGCUGCAUUCCAUCCAAGCCUGCCUUUGAUUGUGUCUGGAGCAGAUGAUCGCCAAGUGAAACUUUGGCGCAUGAAUGAUACAAAGGCUUGGGAAGUUGACACAUUGAGAGGACACAUGAAUAAUGUGUCAUGUGUGAUGUUCCAUGCUAGGCAGGACAUUAUUGUGUCAAAUUCAGAGGACAAAAGCAUUCGUGUGUGGGAUGUAACAAAGCGGACAGGUGUUCAGACUUUCCGUAGGGAGCAUGAUCGCUUCUGGAUUCUUGCAGCUCAUCCAGAGAUGAACCUUCUAGCAGCUGGUCAUGAUAGUGGUAUGAUUGUAUUUAAGUUGGAGAGAGAACGACCUGCUUUUUCUGUGAGUGGUGAUAAUUUGUACUACAUCAAAGACCGGUUCCUGCGCUUAUAUGAAUUCUCGACUCAGAAGGACAACCAAGUUAUCCCAAUACGGCGGCCUGGUUCCACCAGCUUAAACCAAGGCCCUAGGACUUUGUCUUAUAGCCCCACAGAAAAUGCCGUCUUGGUAUGUUCAGAUGCUGAUGGGGGUUCAUAUGAACUUUAUAUUGUACCCAAAGACAGCAUUGGAAGGGGUGAUACAGUGCAAGAGGCAAAAAGAGGAAUUGGAGGUUCAGCCAUAUUUGUGGCUCGAAACAGGUUUGCUGUUCUCGACAAGAGCAGCAACCAAGUAUUGGUUAAAAACCUUAAGAAUGAGGUUGUGAAGAAAAGUGGACUUCCUAUUGCUACAGAUGCAAUAUUCUAUGCUGGAACUGGCAAUCUGUUGUGCAGAGCAGAGGAUAAAGUGGUCAUCUUUGACCUGCAGCAAAGACUUGUUCUGGGUGAUCUUCAGACUCCUUUUGUUAAGUAUGUUGUUUGGUCAAAUGACAUGGAGUCUGUUGCAUUGCUCAGCAAACAUGCUAUCAUUAUUGCUAGUAAGAAACUAACGCAUCGUUGCACUCUUCACGAGACCAUCCGUGUAAAAAGUGGAGCUUGGGAUGACAAUGGUGUCUUCAUAUAUACAACUCUGAACCAUAUAAAGUAUUGCCUUCCUAAUGCGGAUAGUGGGAUCAUCAGGACCCUUGAUGUCCCAAUAUACAUUACCAAGGUUUCUGGCAACACCAUAUUUUGCUUGGACCGGGACGGAAAGAACCGCACAAUAGUAAUUGAUGCAACAGAGUAUGUUUUCAAGCUCUCCCUUUUAAAGAAGAGAUAUGAUCAGGUUAUGAGCAUGAUCAGGAGCUCACAGCUCUGUGGGCAGGCCAUGAUUGCCUAUUUGCAGCAGAAAGGUUUCCCAGAAGUUGCUCUUCAUUUUGUAAAAGAUGAGAGAACUCGAUUCAACUUGGCACUUGAGAGUGGUAACAUUCAGAUCGCUGUUGCUUCAGCUAAGGAGAUCGAUGAGAAAGACCACUGGUAUAGGUUGGGGGUAGAGGCCUUGCGCCAGGGCAAUGCGAGUAUUGUAGAAUAUGCAUACCAGAGGACAAAGAACUUUGAGAGGUUAUCCUUCCUGUAUUUGGUAACAGGGAAUAUGGACAAACUGUCUAAAAUGCUGAGAAUUGCUGAAAUAAAAAAUGAUGUGAUGGGCCAAUUUCAUAAUGCCCUGUACUUGGGUGAUGUCAAGGAGCGUGUCAAAAUUUUGGAGAAUGCUGGUCAUUUGCCCCUUGCAUAUGUUACUGCUGCUGUCCAUGGUCUCCAGGAUGUUGCUGAACGUCUUGCAGCUGAAUUGGGAGAUAAUGUUCCAACCUUGCCAGAGGGGAGAGUAUCAUCGCUUCUGAUGCCUCCAUCACCUAUUCUCUGUGGAGGAGAUUGGCCUUUGUUGAGGGUUAUGAAAGGUAUCUUUGAGGGUGGACUGGAUAAUGCAGGGAGGGGUGCAGAGGAAGAUGAUGAAGAGGCUGCUGAGGGUGAUUGGGGUGAGGACUUGGAUAUUGUUGAUGCAAAUGGCAUGCAGAAUGGUGACAUUGCUGUGGUGGUAGAGGAUGGAGAAGUGUGUGGAGAAAAUGAGGAAGAGGGUGGAUGGGACCUUGAGGAUUUGGAGCUCCCACCCGAGGUCGUUACUCCAAAGGCUACUGUUGGCUCCCGUUCUGCAGUAUUUGUUGCCCCAAGCCCUGGCAUGCCUGUAAGCCAGAUUUGGAUCCAGAGGUCGUCUCUUGCUGGUGAACAUGCAGCUGCUGGCAAUUUUGAUACUGCUAUGCGCUUAUUGAGCAGGCAACUAGGCAUAAAGAACUUCACUCCUUUGAAGCCCAUGUUCCUUGAUCUACAUACUGGCAGCCAUACCCAUCUACGUGCUUUUUCUUCAGCUCCAGUGAUAACACUGGCACUUGAGGGAGGAUGGAAUGAGUCAGCCAGCCCUAAUGUGAGGAGUCCACCAGCACUUGUGUUCAACUUCUCCCAGUUGGAAGAGAAGCUUAAGGCUGGGUACAAGGCAACAACAGCUGGGAAAUUCACCGAGGCUCUACGCCUCUUCCUAAGUAUCCUGCACACCAUUCCUCUGAUUGUUGUUGAAUCAAGGAGAGAGGUAGAUGAAGUCAAGGAACUUAUUAUCAUAGCAAAAGAGUACGUACUGGGAUUAAAGAUGGAAUUGAAGAGGAGGGAACUUAAGGACAACCCAGUACGCCAGCAAGAACUUGCUGCUUACUUCACCCACUGCAACCUUCAGAUGCCUCACUUGAGGCUUGCAUUGUUGAAUGCCAUGACUGUUUGCUACAAGUCAGGGAACCUCAGCACAGCUGCAAACUUUGCUAGACGGCUUUUGGAGACUAACCCCACUGUUGAAAACCAAUCUAAGAUGGCCAGGCAAGUCCUGCAGGCAGCUGAGAGGAACAUGAAAGAUGCUAGCCAAUUGAACUAUGAUUUCAGAAACCCAUUUGUGGUUUGUGGGGCAACAUAUGUACCAAUAUACCGGGGGCAGAAGGAUGUCUCAUGCCCAUAUUGCAGUUUGCGGUUUGUGCCAGCCCAGGAGGGACAGCUCUGUAAUGUUUGUGAGCUUGCAGUUGUUGGAGCAGAUGCAUCUGGCCUGCUCUGUUCUCCUUCUCAGAAAAGAUGAUUGAGCUGCUGAAUCAGGAGCCUUUUUAAAAUUUUCCUGCUGGUAGUGGCACCAAUUAUGUUGGCUGUUCGUCUUGGCGAGCAAAGGUAGGAAUAUUCAAAAGCAAGAGUUCAGUUUCUUUAAUUGUUUGGUUAUUUUCUUUCCUUUUACCCCUCUAUUUCUUUUUUUUUUUCAUUUCUUCUUUUGAAUUCCGACAAUUAUGAUUUCACUGUAAUAAGCAAUUUAAGAAUUUUGACUUUAGCCAUUCUUGCUAGUUGUUCAUGAACAAGAAUGGCAAAAGACACUUAAAAGGUUCAGUGAUAGGUAAGACGACUGGUCGAUGUAUGCAGGUGCAGAAAGCAAUUUACUCCAUCCUGUGAGUUUGGUGGAUGGGGUUUUAAAUUGGUUGUAGUAAUAGAACUUUUACCCUUUUACUAUCCUUUUUCUCACAGCAGCAGCCAAAGUUCA